AGUUUAAUUCCCACUUAAGCCGGCACUGAUAAUAUGAAUAAUUUAGUGCUAGCAAAAUUGAACAGCCUUAAAACUUUUCAAUUGCUAAAUAGGAAGUGACCUUAAUUCAACUAAAUAAUGUCCGAUAUUUGAAAAAAAUAUCAAAGAAUGGACUCAACUGAAGUGAUGAAGAGUUUUAGCUUGAGACUUAUCUUGUGAGAAAAGAAAUUUCACUAAAGAACAUUAUAAUCUAUUUGGAGAAAAACGUAAAUGCAACAUGCUCUAGUGUAUGACUAAAAGCUUCAUAAAUAAAUCAGCAUAUGCUGAUUUCGUAUACACACUGUGUCAGUGUGAAUGUGUAAUUAGUAAGGUAUGAGGGUGCGAUGAGGAUGUGGUUUGAAUCACAAAGCAUAUGCUGAUUUCGUCUGUCUUUCAUAAUUUAUUUGGUUUUAGAUAACAGAUUUCAAAAUAGAGCAACAUCUAUUGUAAAACUGUUUUUGGAGAUGAAUUGAUUUAACAUUCUUUUAUUUGUAAAAGAAUGUGUAAUUUUAGAGGUUUGAAUAUGGAGUACGUGCGUGAACUUCAUGUGUUUAUGAAAAUGAUUGGAAACAUAAAGAUGACAGUUUAGUUAACCCAUUAAAGCACCAUCGUUAAACUUCUCUCUAUCACUUGAUCAUUCUUUGGCAAAACACACUAAAUGCUUUAUAAUUUUACACACUUGAUCAUUCUGUCUAUCAUUUUUUUACAUUAGAUAUAUCACUUGAUCAUUCUUUGGCAAAACUUAUCCUAAAGAGAUUAUGCGACAUUUAAAUUGCAAACCCGAGUUGAGUAUUUUUAUUUAGUUGAACUUUAUUAAAAGUAAAAAUUCAUCUCUUAGAAUAUAUAGUCAAAAUUAGUAUAUCCUUUGAUUUAUUUCCAAACCAAGUUUUAUUUUUCUCAUUGUGUAUAUGUAUAACAUCUAAAGUACUUUUCAUUCACAUAAUUUUAUACUAUAUACUUUAAAGAAACUAAUUUUUAUUUUUUUGCAAAUAUACUUUUUGGGUACAUAAUAUACCAAAAAAAAGAUAAAAUUAUUUAUUUCCAUAUUUCAAAUGGCAGAUAUUGUGCAAAUGAAAACAAUAAGAAGAUAAGAAUCAUGGGAUUUUUACUGGACAAUAACACUGCUAGAUUUUUUUGUGUGUCUCUAAUUAAUCUGUUUUAUGAUUAUAUCAUUGUCAUUAACUACAUCAAACAUACAUAUUUAUCUCUCUUUUCUUUUAUAUAGUUAGAGCAUCACUAAAUUUGGAGUUUCUUAUCAUUAAUUAUAUUAAUUAUAUUAAUUUUAAUAUGUGAUUAAAUUUUAAUAUAAACAAUAAUGCUAAUCAGCGAAUGACAAAUGUCAUAGUUGUUUCUUAAAAUUGUGUGAAAGUUACGUUUCUCCUCCUUUAUUCUCUUUUCUCAUUUUUUAACAUUUUGUUGAAAAAAUCACAUUUCUUGUCACCUAUAAAAAAAUGCUCUAGGAGUCUCUUAAAUAAAGAAUCAGUCUCUCUUUGUUUUGUGUACAUCUUAUGCCGCUUCUUAGUGGUCCAAUCAAUGGAUAAAGCAAUAUCAUCCACAUAAGGAGAAAUGGUGCAUGUCGAGGUGAUCAAUACUGAUGAUUAUAUUAGUAAACUCUCAAACGAUCUCUUGCUUGAGAUCUUAUCAAAAUCAUCGACGGAAGAAGUCAUUAAAACUAGUAUUCUAUCGAAAAGAUGGAGGAAUGUGUGGAAGAAGACGUCUUGUCUGUGUUUGGACAUGCGGAGGAUCGAAAAAACCACAACUCUUUUGCCGGGUGUUUUUCAUCAAGCUGCUAAUUCAGUGACAAAAGUCUAUUUCUUUUCCUUAAUAUUUUCCUUCAUAAGUUUUAGAAGAAGAAAAAUUACAUGAAUAGAUCUGGUUUUAAGAUUGAUGGACUAGGUUGGUUGGUGCUAACUAUAUUAUGAACACUUAAGAUAACCCAUGAGAUGAUCUUGUUUGUUGAUUUUUAUAACCUAUGAAUACAUAUCUCUAGGUCAAAUAACAUCACUUGAGAAAGAGAGGUUCUACUUAUUGUAGAUAUCAAAUAAGUUUGGUGGGAUUUUAUUUUGAAUUUUUCUGAAAGAUUGAAGUUAACAGUUUUUCGCGCGAAAGUCUUAAAUUUUAAAUUUACAAUCGUUAGAUUUGAGAUUGAUGAUUACAGAUCAGUGAGUUGUUAUUGUAGUGAAUAGUAAAUCUAGAUGAAAAUGAUCUCUUGCCUUUUUUCAUUCAAAAUGGUACAUCAGAUAUAUUGGGUUUUAUUUUAAAUUUCGCGAUUUUGCUAAAGAUCUAGACUGGUGUAAUAUUUAAUUUUUGAAUUAUAUGAUCAAUAGAUUUAUGUUUCUCUAAAAAAAUAUCAAUAGAUUUGAGAUCUAAGAUAUGUUAUUGAAUUCUUAUGGUAAUAAAUAUGAAAUCUAGGAAGACAUGAUCUCUUGCUUUUUUCAUAUAGAAUAAACACUUGCAUUAUAAAAAAAAGGCAUACCCAAUAUAUUACAUUUUUUUGUUUGAAAUUCAUUGUUUUAUAAGAGAUUAGCAUAAUUUUUUUUUACUGAAAAUAUAUUUUUUCUUUAUAUUAUAUGAUCAAGAUAUUUGAGACACACCAGUCAUUUGUGUUGUAGUGAAUAGUAAACCUAAGAGAACAUGAUCUAUUGCCAUUUACACCUAGAAGUAAUACGUGCAUUCAGAAAGGUUAUACAGGAUCACUGUGGCCAUUUGGAAAGAUGCACAAUCUACCAUGACUCACGCCAAUGUGAAAACGGGAUGUUGGAGUUUUGGAUUCAGUCACUGGUUAAUGUGAAACACAUCAAGGAUCUCACACUUGAAAACUUUUCUCCCGGUUCGAAAUCAAACAACAGAUCCAAUGUCACACUUGACUUACCUCCUAGGUCAUUUUCUCAUCCAAGCCUCACAUCUCUCUCGCUAAGCCAGUACAACUUAAAAGCUCCACAUGCUUUCUUGGUUUGCUGGAAUUUAAAGAAUCUCAAACUGAUUGGUAUCUCUGCCGAGGUUGAAGUCUUUAAUGCAGUCCUUGUGGCUUGCACUUCUCUCCAAGUGCUUGCACUAGAGAUCACUUGCCACAGAAAAGAUGGUAUUCUGAAGAUUGAUAACCACAACCUAAAGUUCUUAUAUCUAUCAUGUUCUAGGAUAAAAGGCGUUGAGGUGUCUUCACCCAGCCUAGAUAUUAUCUCCAUUGGAUCUCUCUCGUGUGAGAUGGAGAACUUCAUCAUUGCAAGCCCUAGACUCCAUUUUAAUCGAAACUAUUGGGCUACAGGAAAAUUCUUUCCUCACACUAGCUAUUAUAUAUCAUGCCCCUAUCAGGGGGAAGCAAGCAUUGGACAUGAGAUCAUGAUGAACGGAUCCAAUGUUUGUAUGAAAAUGUUUGCAUCAAUGUCGGUGAGUGUAGACUUAACUAAUGCAAAAGAAGUUGAGAUACUCAGACAAGUGUUAGCUGUAUGGCCUGGAGACAUGCAAGAAGUUGAGAUUUUGUUUAAGAGUAACAAUGCUGCUAGGAAAGAAAGUGAGUCUUCCAUUGGAAAUACACAGAACGCGUUUUGGGAAGAUACAAAACCGUUUCCCAGCGCUCAGUUCCGUGCAUAUACUGUAUGGUUGUCUAACUUUAGCGGUUCAAAUGAAGAGUUUGCGUUAGCCUCGCGUAUGAUAAUGCAAGGGACGGUAGCAAGGUGUAUGAUCAUUAAACCAUCGACGGUUUCUCCAGCUAACAAGUUGGAGAUUGAAGCGGCAAUAGCCAGGCUGAAGGAGCUUCCAAAAGGUCACGAGAACCUUCGUAUCGUGAUGUUCUGAUGAGUUGUUGUUUGAAUCUAGCCAUUGGCUAUAUAUCUAGAGAACUCUUCCGAGUCUCGUUUCAAGUAUUGCUUUGGUAUUUCUCUUUUUUUUUUUUUUAUGUUUCAGAUAUUUGGGAUGUUAUUUGAGUUAACUUGAAGUUUAUUUGAUCUUAUUGCUUAGUCAAAAGGGAUUAUCUAUCAUGAGUCGACAAAACCUAUGUGCUUGUUAAUUUGUUAAGUUAGGGUACAUAUAACUUAUUCAGUAAUCGUAAGGGCCAAAGAGUAGGUAAUAGUAUAGUAAAUUUCUGUAAAGAAAGUUCCACAAAUAACAUAUUACAUGUAUUUCACUAUACUAAAUCGAAUAUAUAGCUCCAUUACAUUUUUUUUAAUUUUUAAUGUAUUAAAUAAAAAAGCAUAAAAAGCCUCAUCUGGUUAGAAGUCAUUUACUCACACUCACGGCUUAGAAAACGUUACAAACUUUUCGUUAAUUGAUUUUCUAUAGAACUAUUAAGAAAUAAAAAGUCACCUUUUUAUUACAUCAAUAAAAAGUGACCCAUGAAAAACCAAAAUUCGUAACGCCUCUCUUCCCCAUGACUUGAGCCAGCAAUUUCAUCUAUCACAUUUUUUGAAACGCUUCUUAAAGUCUCUACCCUUUUUACGUUAUGUAUCUUAAAGAUUUUACUAGAUUUUGACCCGCGCUCUGAAGCGCGGGUUUUUGGAUUAUAAAAAAAAAACACAAUUUGAUAUGAAUUAUCAUUUUGAGAUUGUUUUACAUUAUUACGUUACAGAGUCGUAUUAUAUCAAAGAAGGAUAUUUAUUUAGAUUUAAUUAGCUUAUUUGAGAUUCUCUAUGUAUAUUUUUAUGUAAAUUUCUAUUAGGCAUAUGUACUUUAUCCGAACCCAAAAAUUUGAACCAAACCUGAUCCAAAAAUAUAUAUUCAGUUUGGUCAAUUUCUAAAACAAAGUACUUAUUGGGUAUACUUUUAAACCCGCGGGUCUCGGUUAGGUCCGAGUUUUAUCUGAGACUCGAUCGGCUAAACAAAGUACCCAAUUAUUUUGUGUAUAUUAGGCAUAUCUGGAUAUUUAAGAUUGGUAUUAUGGAUAUUUUAAGUUAAAAGGUGAUGCUAUCAAAAUUUACUUAUAUAUUUCAGGUAUUCAAGUAAAAUUUUGGAUAUUUUCUGUUUUUAGUUCAUAUUUUGGGUAAAGUUUUGGGUUAUAUAAACUAUUUGAACUUUUAAGAAUUUUGUUUGAGUUUUCAAAAAAAUUCAUGUUUCAGGUAUUUUUGUGUUUUCGGGUAUUUCAAAUCUUUUCGGGUUUUAAAUAUUCAAAUCGGUCGGUCCCAUCGUGUAACCAAAAAUUAUAGUUAUUUGAAUUACGAAUCUGAACCGGUCCGGAACCAACCUGAAUCCGAACUGAAAUUUUCAAAUAUCUAGUUGGUUUAAAUGUCUAGGACAUAAAAGGAAUCGAUCAAACUCGGCCCGAAGACCCAAAUAUUAAACUUUACUCUCUUUCAUUAUAUUUGGUGUGCAUUUUAUAAUAUUUUUAUUUAUUGAGUUGAUAAAACUUAAGAUUUAUUUAGCAUAUUUUUUUAAUUUAGUAUUGCAGUCCCAAAUAUAUAAUCUAAUAACAUAAUAUGAAACCUUCUAUAUUGUCCACAAUGUCUGAUAUAAUUUGUUUUGUUAAUAGUGUUGAUAUUGGUAUAUCAUGUUAGUUAACGGUAGAUGUUAUAAGUUGUAGAUCUUAUAAAGGUUAAUUACGUUUGGUAUUAUAUGUAGAUAAAAAAGUGGAUCCAAAAAAAUAUUAGAAUUAAAAGAGAGAUUACAAUAUAUUUCUAAAUGUUGGAAAAUAUUAUUUGGUUGCUAUAUAAUAGGAGUUCAGUUAUAAUAUCUAGUUAUAUAUAAUAGGUUGGACUAAAAAUGAAAGAGUGCACUAACCUUGUAUAAGUAGAUUUUUCAAAACUGAUUCUCUUUUAAUAAAAUAGAUUGGAAAGCAAUAGAUUCUGAAAAGGUCCCAUCCCAUUAAGCAGAAAAUGCACAAAAACUUAAACAACUUUAGAUUUAACCACAAAACUUAAUUUAUAAACUAAUAAAUCUAUCUGUUUAUAAUAACAGUUUGAUUGGAUCAAAUUAUAAAUAUUUCCUGACUACUGUUUUAUAAAUUGAUUGAAUUAGUAGUAUUAUAUUUUCUAAAUUAUUAAGUGAAGUAUAUUAGUUUAUAUUUAAUUUAAUUGAAUUAUCAAAAACGUAACAUGUUCAAUUUUAUAUAGAUGGAAUAAAUCUAUAAGAAUUUCUUUCUUAAAAUUUUCUAUAGUUUUGACCCAAAAAAAAUUCCUCUAGUAAGUAUUAAGAUGCUAUACAUAGAAUCUAUUCAAAUACAAAAUCCAUGGCUAGGGGUUUAUCUAUAGAAUCUUAACUAAAGCUAUAGCAAAGUUUAACAGUUGAGGUUAACGCCGUCUCAAAUUAGUUAAGGGUUAUGUUUAUAUUUAGCAUGUAACAAAAUAAUUUUAAAAUUUUAUAGCUCUAUAUAUAUAUAUUUGAUGUCUUUUUAAAAAUUACUCUAAAUUUAGUAAUAUAUCUAAAAUUUUAAAGUUUUAAACUAUAAUUUAUAUUUACUUUUAAAACAAUUCUUGAUUUUUUUUUUCUUGUACCAAUGGUCAAAUCCUGAUCCUAACUACACUGGCAAGUAACCACCAGGGUCCAUGGGGUUUCAAAUCAUCGGUGAGACGAUCAAAUUCUUUAAGCAUCAUGGUUUCUUUGAGUCCAAAACCUUUUACAAGAAGAUGUUGCUAAGGUUAUUGUAACAUACAUCAAAUAAAAAACAUAAGUUUUGGCAAAUCAUAUUCAAAAAGAAGUAUGGUUGGAGUUCACAUAGUCAUAUACAACAUGGCACAUCAUGAGCAAGGAAGAAUAAGAGGUUCGUUGGAUUCCAAGUGUGUUACUACUUUUUGAAAUUCAAGUAACAAUUGCUGCCAACACAGCCUCUGUAUUGCAGCCAAAUACUAUUUUAAUGUGAUACAAAUCUCUGUAUUGCUUUACUGUACUAUAAUAAUCAUGUCUUCUAACUAAUCGAUUCUUUCA